AUGCCCACCGCUGUAUCUGCCCCGAGGACGCUCUACGAUAAGAUCUGGGACGACCACGUCGUUGAUGUUCAGGAGGACGGCCUUGCGCUGAUCUACAUUGAUAGGCAUCUUGUUCACGAAGUAACGAGUCCCCAGGCGUUCGAAGGCUUGCGCAAUGCCGGCAGACCCGUGCGCCGGCCAGACUGCACUCUGGCGACGGUGGACCACAAUAUUCCAACUGUCUCGCGGAAAAACUUUACAAGCGUAGACACUUUCAUCGCUGAGCCCGAUUCAAGAGCUCAGUGCGCUGCGCUGGAGGAGAAUGUCAAGGAAUUCGGCCUGACAUAUUUUGGGAUGAAGGAUAGGCGGCAAGGCAUCGUCCAUAUCAUUGGCCCCGAGCAAGGCUUUACGCUCCCCGGUAUAACUUGCGUCUGCGGUGAUUCCCAUACAUCAACCCAUGGCGCGUUCGGUUCGCUGGCCUUUGGAAUCGGUACAUCCGAGGUCGAACAUGUUCUCGCCACCCAAACACUCCUACAGAAGAAAGGCAAGAACAUGCGCAUCACGGUUGACGGCGAGCUACACGAAGGCGUCACGUCGAAGGACGUAAUUCUGCACAUCAUUGGGGUCAUCGGCACCGCCGGAGGCACCGGCUGUGUCAUCGAAUACGCUGGCUCGGUCUUCCGUGGCUUCAGUAUGGAGGCGCGAAUGAGCGUUUGCAACAUGAGCAUCGAAGCUGGUGCUCGUGCCGGCAUGGUCGCUCCCGACGAAAUCACUUUCGAGUACCUGAAGAACAGACCGUUAGCUCCGAAGGGUGAAUCUUGGGAUCGAGCGGUGGCUUACUGGAAGUCAUUGAGAACCGACGAAGGAGCUAAAUUCGAUAUCGAGGUUAAUAUUCCCGCUUCAGACAUCGUACCAACCGUUACUUGGGGGACUUCGCCUCAGGAUGUCGUCCCUAUCACUGGCUCUGUACCCGACCCCGCAACAAUGGCUGAUACAGUUAAACGCCAAUCCGCCGAACGUUCAUUAGCGUACAUGGGCCUCAAACCCAAUACUCCUAUGCAGGAGAUCCCGGUUGACAAAGUCUUCAUCGGUUCUUGCACCAACAGUCGCAUCGAAGACUUGAGAUCGGCGGCGAAGGUCGUGCUAGCGGCAGGCGUGGACGCCCAGGUUGCUCCCAACGUUCAAGCUAUGGUAGUACCCGGUUCAGGAAUAAUCAAGCAACACGCUGAAGCCGAAGGGUUGGACGUUAUCUUCAAGCGCGCCGGGUUCGACUGGAGAGAAGCUGGGUGCUCGAUGUGCUUGGGGAUGAACCCGGAUCAGCUAGCUCCUGGCGAACGAUGUGCGAGCACGAGCAACCGUAAUUUCGAGGGUCGGCAGGGAUCUGGGGGUCGGACGCAUUUGCUGAGUCCUGCGAUGGCCGCUGCUGCCGCGAUGACUGGGAAACUCACUGAUGUGCGAAAAUUCCUUGGGGGCGGGGGGCAGGCGAACGUCGGUCCUACGAUGAAGUUACUGAAUACAGCUUCAUCCGUACCUCUUCCACCAAAGGAAGCCCCCUCGAGCGUCGAAAAGUUCAACAUAGUCAAGGGUAUCGCUGCACCGUUGCACAUCGAGAACGUUGACACGGAUAUGAUAAUACCGAAGCAGUUCUUGAAGACGCUGAAGCGGACGGGGCUGGCUAAUGCCUUGUUCUACACCCUUCGAAAAGAUCCCCACACCGGGAGGGAAACGGAUUUCGUGCUUAACCGCAAACCGUAUGACAAAGCUAAAAUCCUUGUGUGUACCGGGAAGAACUUUGGGUGCGGUAGUUCUCGUGAACACGCACCUUGGAGUCUGAACGACUUUGGAAUCCGUUGCAUCAUCGCUCCGAGUUUCGCUGAUAUCUUCAGAAAUAACUCUAUGCAAAACGGCAUGCUGCCUGUGGCCUUAUCCCAGGAAGACUGCAGGGCACUGGCGGAGGACGCGGAAGCUGGUCUAGAGCUUGAGGUUGAUCUCGAGAAGGAAGAGGUCAGACGGCCGAAUGGGAAGGCGCCAAUACCGUUCCAAACCGAUCCUUUCAGAAGACAUUGUCUAUUGAACGGCUUGGAUGACAUCGCGCUGACCCUCCAAAGGGGGACUUCAAUUGAUGAAUUCGAGCAAAGACGAAGUGAGGUAUGGCCGUGGUUGGAUGGAUUUGGAUACAAGGGCAGCAAGAUUCCGGUCACUCCUACGAGAAAAGUGAAGAAAACGGACUGGUAG